AACUAGUUGCCUCCAUUUCAUAGUUUUUAGUCAAUCCAUGAGCUGUUGAACUCUGAGAUUUGAAAAUUUCCUAUUGUUUUAACCACCCUCUAAUGGAUUUCUUCAAACUUGGAGUAUUUUAUUGUGCACAACUUCUGUUAUUUUGUCUCCCAUGUGUUGCAAACAACUUCCAGUCUGGCUUAAAAAUGACUUCCAUGGAUCCUGAAGAGCUAGAUGGACUGUUUUCUGUAAUGGAGGCAAUUAUUGAAGAUCCCACAUGGAGAUCAAAUCACCCACAUCCUUGCACUGAUGAUCCAUGGCCUGGAAUUGACUGUGAAGCCAUUCCUGACACCAAUAAUAUCAUGCAUGUAACGAAGCUUCAUAUAGGUCUGGAUUACACUGCACCCUGCAGAAAGAACGCCACAUUAUCUUCAGCCAUUUUAAAGCUUCAUUAUCUGAAAAGCCUCUUUAUCUUCAACUGUUUUCACAGUUCCAACACCACAAUCCCUUCACAACUCAUUCAAUUAUCUCCCUCAUUAGAACAACUUGUUUUCAGAUCCAACACUGCAUUGGUAGGCACCAUUCCCCCACAACUUUCAGGGCUUAGUAAACUGAGACUUCUUAGCUUGUCUCAGAAUGACCUUGAAGGUUCCAUUCCUUCUGAGCUUGGGAAGCUGGAGAUACUAAAUCACUUGGAUCUCAGCCACAAUAAGCUUAGUGGAAGUAUUCCCCAGGAACUUGGGGGCCUCAAAAGCCUCUCUAUUUUAGACCUUAGUGAAAAUAAUCUGCAAGGUCCUAUACCUGCCUCUAUUGGGAACAUGCUACUGUUAGAGAAAAUAGAUCUGAGUUAUAACAAUCUUAGUGGCAAAAUCCCUCCAGAUUUAGGUAAGCUGCAUAAUUUAUGUUUCUUGGCUUUAAGUAAAAAUGGAUUCACAGGACCCUUUCCUAGUACACUUGGGUUCUUGGAAAAUCUACAAUAUUUGAUGGUGGAAAGGAAUCCUUUGAAAUGCACUUUGCCAGAUUUUCUUGGGUCGCUUCAUAAACUGUCGGAGCUCAUUCUUUCUUCUUCUGGAUUUGUGGGUAUAAUACCGAAAUCUUUGUGUGGGCUUCAUAAUCUCAGCACCUUAGCACUAGACAACAACCGGUUGAAUGGGUCUAUUCCAUGGGAAAUGCGAGGAUUGCAGCAUCUGUUCCUGUUGAAUUUGAGUGACAAUAUGUUGAGUGGAGAAGUGCCUUUUUCUGAAGAGUUUGUGAAAAGACUUGGGAACGAAUUAGAGUUGAAGGGAAACAAGGAUCUGUGUUGGUAAGGCAUUGUAUAGAGUCUUUCCUGCUCAACAAAUGAGGCAAUGUUCAGAAGAGCCCAUUACAUUUCAUGAAGUUAAUUAUAAAGGAAGCCCUAAUCUCAGUGCAGGUGGACAAGGAAAAUAUAGCAGUGGCUUCUGUCGAAUGCAUUUUCUUCUGGAACUUCGUAAUAUUGUUUUGAUUGUAAGCUUCUUGAUCCUUCAAAUGCAUGAGAUGUAAGGAUUUUUCAUUUAGAGCAGUGCUAUCAACUUACACAUAUUUCUUACGUAAAUGUUUUGUAUAUAACAUUGACGUUUUAAUUUUCAAAUAGCCCGGAACAAUGUCAAA